AUGUGGAAUUAUCCGUAUGAGAACGGAUAUGAUAUAUACUCUAAUUGUGAAUAUAAUUUAAUGACGAUGAAACCCAAUGUAAACUCAGGUUAUGGAACUAAUAUGUCAACAGAGCAGGGGUUAGUGGAUCCAAUAUCAAGUACUUUUAAUGGAGACUAUGGCCUACAAAAUUUUAAUAGUUGUAUCAAUGAAAUAGUGCCUCAAAAUAAAUCUAAGGAUGACAAUUUCACUGAAUAUGUGAGUAAUUUCAACAACCUUGAUAAUUAUCAAAACGAUAUUGCAUUUCCAACAAAAGGGGUUAACUAUUUGGAAAAGGACAAUUCUUAUAACCUUAAUGGAAUAAAUGGCCAAUCUAACGAUGGAAAUAACCCUGAAUUAUUCUUCGAUCCGGCAGAACAAUACCACACAUCUUCAAAACACUCUUUAAACGGAAAAGAAGAUAAUAAAAAGACUGAUGAAAGUCAUAGUAAUACUUGUAGCCUAUUAAAUCCAAACUCUCCAGCGGUUGAAAAUAAAAAGAACCAUGAGCAAGAUUUUAAUAGUGUAGUUUCUAAUUCUCCAUAUAAUUAUGACUCAUAUACAGAAACUCAUUACGAUACGUGGGAUAAGUCAAAUGAUAAAAUGGUUGGUCCUAUGAAUGACACCUAUUAUUGGGACUCGAAUAUGUUAAACAAUGGAUAUUUUAAUGGUUUAAAUGGAAUGACCAUGGCAGGAUACGACUACAUGGGAUAUAAUACAAACAAUUCUCCUAACUUGGAUCAGUACAAUAUGACUCAAGACCCGUAUACAAUGAACUACAUGAAAAAUAUGAUGAAUAAUUAUAUUUCAAAUGGUUAUAAUCUGGAAUAUGGUAGCAUUUCUAGUCCAAAUGAGCCUUUUGCUGACCCUUACAUAAAAUACAAUAAUAAAAUGUACAAUAACAAUUUUUCCCCUUAUUAUAAUCAAAUGCCUUUGAACGCAAAUUUAAAUGUAAAUUAUAACUGUUUUAAUAAGCUGCCACAAUUAAAACAAAGCUCUAAUCCAGGCUUAGAAGAUUGUAACUCAAACAAUAAUGCUGUCAAUCAAUUUGAUAUGUUGCCUAACAAUUUUGAAAGUGUACGAAAGCCUGAGCUUAUAUCACUAGACGAUGAGGCCCUUGAGAGCUUCAUAUAUAACGGGAAUAUAAAGAAAAUUGAUAUAUCUAACAUUGAUUUCAUUAAUAUGAGUGACAAAGUUUGGCAAGCGCUCAGGGGCGCUGGUUUGUUCAAACUUGGUAAUAAAGGAAGGGCUAUACUUAAAUCUAAGAUAUCUAAAUAUUUAAAGAUGUAUCCGGAACUCAGAAUGAGGUAUUUGUUAUCAUUUAAUUCUUUUUUAGGACUUCACGUAUAUCAGGAGUUCGGAGAGCCACCACAAGGCAACUGUUUCAAUUGGCACAGGUCAGAUUACAAGUUUAAUUUUUGUUUUUAG